AUGGUGGUACUGGAAAACCCGAUGCCAGAUCCUCUGGCCACUGGCGUCGGUCUGGUGCAGGAUGCCGCGGCAACCACCCCGUUGACCGUGGACACGACAGGAGCCGUAGCGCCGCAACACCACCAGUCGUCCGUCGGUGGUUGCCUGUCUGCUACGUAUCCUAUACCCGCGGCGGCGGCGGCCGUGGCCGGCCAAAGGCACCAUUUGAAAAUGGUGCCUAAACGGUUCAUCAACAUGCAUCAGUGGUUCAACCCGAUCGGUGUCAAGCAGAUCAAAGAGGCCAUGGUACGUGUGCGGCGCGAAUCCUUUAUACCCGAUCCGCCCCACGCUUAA